UUGAAGCUGGGUGUACUUUCCACUUAAGAAAAUCCAAGAUGGUGAGGGCUCCUUGCUGUGAGAAAAUGGGGAUGAAGAAGGGGCCAUGGACCCCGGAAGAAGAUAGAAUCUUAAUCUCCUAUAUUCAAAAAUAUGGUCACUCUAAUUGGCGGGCCUUGCCAAAGUAUGCUGGUUUGUUGAGAUGUGGAAAGAGUUGCAGACUUCGGUGGAUGAACUACUUACGCCCGGAUAUUAAGAGAGGAAACUUCAGCGCUGAAGAAGAAGAAACAAUCAUUAAGUUGCAUGAAGUUUUAGGGAACAGGUGGUCAGCCAUGGCUGCAAGCUUACCAGGAAGGACAGACAAUGAGAUUAAAAACGUGUGGCACACCCAUUUGAAGAAGAGGCUGAAGCAAAACCAAGAGGCAAAUUCGGAAACCAAACCAAAGCCUAAAAGGAAAGCCAAACGUGAAUCCAAAAUCAAAACGGAAUCUGAAACACCUGGAACCCUUUCAAUGUCUCCGCAGCCGUCUUCCAGUGAAGUCUCAUCGAUCACAACUGGGGAAGCACAUCAGUUCAUAGAUGUGAAAGAUGAAAAAAUGGAGUCAUUUGAGAAUUUCCCUGAAAUCGAUGAAAGUUUCUGGUCAGAAGCAUUGUCAUCAUCAAUUGAUGACAACUCCAUCAAUGAAAUAACACAACCCCAGUCUUCAUUUCCAGUGGUGGCCAUGGAACCGGGCUACAAUUGCAGUCUCACAGUAGCUGAUGAUUGCAUGGACUUCUGGUACAACGUUUUCCUGACCACCGGUGAUGAAUCGGCAUUAACACCUUUGUUCUAGUUAAAAAUGUUCUUUGAGGAGGCGGAGAAAGACCAAGAAGAUAAAACAAGUUUUGGUAAAAAAAAAAAAGGAGUGUACGGGAGAGAGUGGGAAAAUGACCGACACGAAGUUCUGUAUAGCAAUAUUUAAUUAGCAAUUAAACCUUUAAUCAUGUUAAUUAAGUAUAAUUAAGCUAUCUAUUUAGUCUUAGCUUAGCAAAUUAACCUCUUGUAACUAUCCUUUGAAAUGCAUCACAUUUAUAUGUAUGCCUUUUGAUUGAUUGAAAA